AUGAGGAGACUCUCUCUAUUCAGCAGAAGGUAUCUCUUAGUAACAGUACCAUUAGCUACUUUGAGAUCAACUGAUGUGUCUUCUUCUUUUCGUAUCUGCAGCAGGAACCAUUCAAUAACUACAGAUAGAUGCACAUUAGAAGAACUUCAUAGGUCUGCUGCAGAAUUCUUUGAACGUGGUGAUUUUGUUAAUGCGAUUAAGCAAUGGGAAGCGGUAAUGAAAUCACAAGGUGAGACUGAUAGCCCUAGCCCAACAUUAAUGAACUGUUUAAAUAAUCUAGCCUGUGCCUAUGGUGAGAUUGGGCAUCAGAAGAAAAAACUACAAUUACUUGAACGUUCACGUGAUAUGGUAAGUAAAGUUUAUGGUAACGAUCACCCUCAGUAUGGAAUGGUUUUGUAUAAUAUGGCUUGUGCUCAUGAAGAAAUGGGAAACUUUCAAAAAAUGGAAGAUCUACUCUUAGAAUCACUCGCUAUUCAUGAACUUAAAUUUCAUCCAAAACACCCAAAGGUUGGACGUGUUUUACUUCUUCUCACAGAAGCUCAUGGUCAUCUUGGGAAGUAUGAAGAACAAUUAAAGGUAGCAAAAAGAGCUUUUGAAAUUGUACAACGACAUUGCGGACCAGAGCAUACACAAACUACUAUAGCUAUGUUAACUCUUGCAAGGGCUUAUGGUGCAAAUGGUAAUCAAGCUAGACGUCUACAACUCGCACAACAGUCAUACGAUAUUCAAGAGAAAAAGUUGGGAGCCAUGAACCCACAAAUCGCAUUAACGCUUAUAGAAUUAGCAGAUUCUCAUGGUGCAAAUGGAAAUCAUUUUCAUAGAAAAGAAUUAUUAGAAAAAUCUAUUGAGAUUCAAAAACGAGCCUUUGGUACUCAACACACCCAUCUCAUUACAACUUAUACAGCUUUAGGAGAUGCUUGUGGAGAAUUAGGUGACAAAGAAAAUCAAUCUUUCUGGUAUUGUGAAGCUUUAGAUCUUGCACGACGACGAUAUAAAGGAAAACAUAUUGCUAUUGGAACUGCUGCUAAUAAAUGUGCAUGGGGUCUUUUGCGUAUUGGAAAAGUAAAAGAGGCAAAAUCUUUAGCAGAAGAAGCCCAAGAAAUUUUUGAUGGCAAUGUAUCAGACGAUCAUCCAGCUGCCAUUGAACUUCGCAACACCUUCAAUGAAUUAAUGAAGGUCACUAUUGGAAAAGAGUCUCUGUGA